CUCGCAGGAUGCCUGCGUGAAGCCGUGCGUAAGGGAGCUGCGUGCGGCGCCGCGGAGAAGAGACGUUAUCCAGCCGGUUUCUCCUCAUUUCAGGAGGAAAAUUUCCGCUCUGCUCAGCGCGAAGGACGCGGCCGGUGUUCCCAGGUUCCGGAUAAGGUCGGAAGCCCCACUGCUGCUGCCGUCGGUGCCCUUGUUACCGUUUGGGAGCCCGGACGCCGAGCGAGCUGUUCCCCCGUCAGGUGCAGAGCAGAGAGACAGAGAGAGCAUCGGAUCCGCCCAGCAGAGAUGGCGAAGGCAGACCAGCGUUUCGGCCAGCGGGACGGCUCGGACCAGAACUUCGACUACAUGUUCAAGCUGCUGAUUAUCGGCAACAGCAGCGUCGGGAAAACGUCCUUCCUGUUCCGCUACGCCGACGACUCCUUCAGCAACUCCUUCGUCAGCACCGUGGGCAUCGACUUCAAGGUGAAGACGGUGUAUCGCAACGACAAGAGGAUCAAGCUGCAGAUCUGGGACACGGCAGGUCAGGAGCGAUACCGCACCAUCACCACGGCCUACUACCGCGGCGCCAUGGGCUUCAUCCUCAUGUACGACAUCACCAACGAGGAGUCCUUCAAUGCCGUCCAGGACUGGGCCACUCAGAUUAAGACGUACUCGUGGGAUAACGCCCAGGUGAUCAUGGUGGGCAACAAGUGCGAUAUGGACGAGGAGAGAGUCGUACCUCCGGAGAAAGGGAAACACCUCGCCGACCAGUUAGGCUUCGAGUACUACGAGGCCAGCGCUAAGGAGAACAUCAACGUGCGGCAGGUCUUCGAGCGCCUGGUGGACAUCAUCUGCGUGAAGAUGUCGGAGCGGGUGGACGUGGAGGUGCCGAUGGCCCCCGGCUCCAAGACCACCAGACUGACCGACAAGCCCGCCCAGCUACCUCAGAAGUGCUGCUGAUCGUCCGCCAUCCCUCUGCUGUCGCCUCGAGAAAAAGAAAAAGAAAAAAAACACAAAAACAAACAAAAAAACCCCAGAUUAACUAUUGUAACAUUCCUCCAACCACUCUCUCUCUGCUUCAGUCCAUGUUUGUGAGCGGUCAAUAAUCACUACGCCUACUGCGGUUUCUGCUAACUAACGUCUAUUUAGCCAGUUUCAUUCCCUCCCCGUCCUAUCUGAGGUUGGCCCUUACAUAGGCGGAGGAGCGAGGGCAGCAGUGUAAAUCCAAACUAAAUAUAAAUUUGGCGUUUUUGAAAGGUUUGCUGGACCACUGUCGGUUGCAUUUCUGUGAGGGGAAUACUAGCGUGCUAACUGUGACUGCAGCCCAGUUAGUUAAUGAUGUUCAAGCCGGACACACGGGGUUAUGCGAUGCAGCAUGAGGAGGAGAAUAAAGGCCCGAUC